GAUCCAAUUCGCAGAAGGCGACGAUGAAGACGGAAACGAAGUUGGGGGCUUGGGAGUGGGUGAGCGCGUGGAAGAGAGAGGAGCAGGCGGUGUGGGAAUUGGAGAGGAUACUAUUAUGUUUGGUGCCAAGCCCUAAACGGCGCCGUUUUCAUGAUGUGGCUGGGGACUAAUUUAUCUUUCUAUGACACCUGAACAUGUUGCUGGACACGCUGGAGAAUAACAGUGUCAAAUCAGCUUUUUUUGAUGGCAUAAAACAGAUAAAUGAGUCUGGAGAUUGUUUUAGCUGCUGGAGAGAAAUCAUGAGACUAAUUUGUAUAUUGAUUUUUUUUUUUGAGAUUAAAACGUCCAAUUUUAAAAUUCUCGAAAACUGAUUUAAAUAGUUACUCCAGAAAUUUUUACUAAGGUUCACCAUACUGAUCAUAUCACAAGCUUUUCAAAGUAAAAUCUAAAAUGAUUUUGGAUUCAUCACAAUGAAAUUAACCUUUUUUUUGAAAUUACUUAUUCUUUUUAAUCCAAACUAAGUUGCUUAAUUAUCAAGAUUGAUUUUGCUUUCUUCACAGGUUAAGCUUCCAGUAAUUUUGUCUCCUUCUGCUGUUGCGAGAGAAGACUUUGCGGGGAAAAUGGUUGCGAGCAUUGUUGGCGAUACAAUCGCUAAAAUCACAGAGAGGUUGAACUCUCUCAAUAUUUUUGGCAAAAAGAGCACCACCAUCGCUGAGAAUAUCAAACUUCAUCUGUUAUGCAUCAAGGAGGAGCCAGAGGACAGUGAUGCUGCAACACCUCGAUGGAUUACUGAUGUCACGGAUGCCGUCAUCGAUUUGUGGGACUUGUUGGACGAUCUAAAUCUUCCUCCAGCUGAUGCCAGUGUGCCUCCAAAACAGAGCACCAUGGCAACAUUCUUCUCUCUUUACAAGCCUACACCUCGUGGCCUACUUCUUAAACUCGAGCAAAUUGAGAAUCGACUACAACGCAUUGCAACCGACUCAACCAAGCUUCCUGUGAAGAGCAACAAAAAGCUAACGGACUCGGAUGUGCAGGGUGGAGAAAUAGAGUUUGUCGGGAGAAAAGAAGCUAAGGAAAGAUGGAUAAAGAGGAUCUUGGAACCGACAAGAGUGGAUAAUGGCAAUUUUCCAGUCUUUGCCAUUGUAGGGAUUCAAGGGAUAGGGAAGACGAGAUUUGCUGAACAUGUUUGUAACGAUGACAGUAUUAUAAGUAAGUUUGGUUCGGUGAUUUGGAUUUACGGCAUCCGUGAUGAUGAGUUCUAUGCCGAGUCUGUUUCGAACCGUGUGAAUGGGGCGAUUCAUGAAUUCGUAAUGAAGAAGAAGAUGAUGAAACUGGAAGAGAAGGAGAAUGACUCUAUUGUCAUGGAGGAAAAUCUUGAUCUUGGAGAAGCCGUGAGCGAGGAGAACAGAUUUCUUCUUGUGCUGGAUGACUUUCCAAAUGAGAACCGUGAGGAAUGGGUCAAGUUGCAGCAGAAACUGGUGGAGAUACAUGGUUCAGCUGGAGGUGCAAUCCUUGUAACUACACGUAGUUAUCUUGUAGUCGAUGUUAUUAGCCCAAAAUUUCGGCAAAGACUAGGAGAGCUGAGCAAAGAAGAUUCAUGGAUUCUAUUUGAGCAAGUUGUAGGAGGAAAAGGAGAAGAAGGAGGUCCAAGUGAGUCAGAUACCAGAGACACACAAAUGAAGAUGGUAAAAAAGUGCUGUGGUGUCCCCUUAGCGAUAAUAAGAAUGGCUAGAAUGUUCAGGUCUCGUGAGGUUAAAGAAUCAGAGUUAGACUAUUUAGAGGUGGAAUUUAUGCAGGAGAUGCAGUUGAUAUAUCACAACGAGCUCCCCUCUUGGCAUCUAAAGCAAUGUUUUGCUUAUUUAUCGUUUAUAUUCUCUACGUCAUAUAUAGUUCAUUCUGAGAUGUUAAUUAAGCAUUGGAUGGCGGAGGGAUAUCUUGGACCUGUGAAUAUGUGUUGUUUUGCUUCUUCUCCUCAAUACCCACAACCAGAAGAUUUGGGUCUCGACUGUAUACGAGAUUUUUGCCGCAGGUCAAUCUUAGAUGACACCGACUUCUGCUCUGUGCCUUAUGAUCUAAUGAAAGAACUAUCAAACUUUGUGGCUGGCAAGGAGAACUUCCAUAUCCACAUGUACAAUAAUGACAAGACUGUCAAGGAAACAAUCCGCCGAGUGGAGCUGACUGAUGACUUUGAUGUUUCAAAUAGUAGACUCAAAUCACUCCUUUCUAACAACAAAAACCUGCGUGCAGUCUCCUUCAACAUGUCCCUUCUCGAUACGUGGUCAUUGCGGAUUCUAGACGAGGUGAAGUUAAGUUGGUCUAUUUGUGCGUUCAAGAGCUUGCGUGUGUUGAAACUAUCAGAGCUGGGUAUGAAGAUGUUACCCAUUUCAAUUGGGGAGUUGAAGAGUUUAAGAUACCUUAAUCUAUCACGCAACAACAUGAAGAAGCUUCCCAAUUCCAUUUGUAAGUUGAAGCAUUUGCAGACGUUAGUAUUGUCUCGUUGUCACAGGCUCAGAGAGUUGCCCCAUGAUUUGAAUCGUUUGAAGAAUCUUAGGCACCUGGAGAUAGAGGAAUGUACCAUCUUACACAUAUGCCUAAGAUGAAGACACUGACAAAUCUUCAAACAUUGUCACAAUUCGUGGCCAGCAGCAGCCAAAAUUACAAGAACAUUCAAGAUUUUGGGGAUCUCAUUAGUCUGAAUAACUUGAGAGGGAAGUUGGAAAUUUCACAUUUGGAGCGAUUGAAAUUUAAGGAAGGGGAGGACGGACUUGCCUAUUUGAAAGAUAAACAGUAUCUUAAGCAACUUAUUCUGAAAUGGAAUCACGAAGAUGAGGAGGAGGAGGAGGACAAUAAUAAUAACCAUGACCAAAUAUGCCUAGGACAUCUUAAGCCACAUGCAAAUCUACAAGAGCUACACAUUGUUGGAUAUAGAGGUAGACAGUUUUCAGAUUGGCUCUGGUCCCUUGAAAAUCUUGUUGAGUUCAAUUUGUACAACUGCUCCACAUGUCAAUCUCUUCCUCCGUUAGAUCGAUUUCCUAAACUAAAAAUUCUCAAACUUCAGAGAUUGGAUUCUCUGCAGUACAUAACAGACCGAGUAGGUGAUUGCAGUGAGCUAGGACUGGAACUCCUAAAGGAACUUUCAAUAUCAGAUUGCCCAAAGCUCAGUAGCUGGUGGAAGAGUAGAACUUGCAGCAUUGCUAUGUUCGGUUCCAUAUCAGAAAUGAUUAUCAGAUACUGUCCAGAACUAGGAUGUAUGCCACUGUAUCCGAAUCUCGAUGACGGUUUGGUGCUAGAAGGCUCCAGCGUGAAACCAUUGCUGGAAACCAUCAAUCAUACAAGUGCUAGCAAUAACAGUCUGCUACCAGAUUCAGACCCCGUUUCAAAUUCUUCCCCACCCCUCUCCAACCUGAAAUAUUUAUCAAUGAUAAAUGUGGAGGAACAAUCUCUCCUUCGAGAAGAUUGGGCAAAAAACCUCAUUUCUCUUGAAUAUCUUUAUAUUAGUGACAAAAAGUCUCUCACUUCAAGGAAAAGAAGUGAGAAAACUUGUCUAAUGAGAUGCUUCAAACAACUCAGCUCACUUAAAGAUAUGGUUAUCAGAAACUGUAGAAGACUUGAUUUACCUGAUGAGGAAUGGGAGGGCCUGCAAAGCCUCAAAUACCUGGCAAUGGAUGAAAUAAUGGAGCUAAAAUCUCUUCCUGAAGGAAUUAAACAUCUUACCUCUCUAAAAUCUCUAUCCAUCAACAAUUGUCCUGAGUUAACAACUUUGACUGAGGUCAUAGGCCACCUGACAUCCCUUGAACGGCUUUCGAUCAGGGACUGCCACAAGUUAGCUAUGCUUCCCCAAAGUAUGAUCAAGCUCACUUCUCUAAGGUCGUUAUGGGUUGACAACUGCCCGCUGUUGCUGCCAAGGUGUCAAGAGGAAACCGGCAAUGAUUGGCCACAAAUUAAGCAUAUCAAGCAUAUCUCUGUCACUGCUACCUCUCAAGUCUACGAGGAAUGAUAUUAACGAAGCCAAACAGGUUCAUCUCAGCCCCCACAUGUUAUUUGAACAAAGAACAAGAUGGAGACUUGGCAUUACAGAUGAAGAUCAAUGCAUGUUACUCUUGGAUUUUCCAAUGGGCUGGUAUAACAAUAAAUUAUUCUCCUUUUUUAUCAAACACCAGCGCAUAAAAGAGAAACUUGAGAAACACAUUUUUAAUAUUUCGCUGCUCUGAUUUUUGAAUGUUGAAAGAUGCGACAUUACUCUCUUCAUUAGUCCUUUGUGGAUCCUCUCCACAUGCUAACAAAAAUUGACACUGUCCAAUUGAUAUAUACUUUGUCUUAUUGAUUGAUAAUUCUGAACCUACACCUGUUGAAGUCAUAUAUAAAAAUAAUGGAGAACAUAAGAGAGAUGGUAGCUUAUAACAAACUUAACUAACUUCUCUUAAAUAUUUGAGAAUUGCUUAACUAACUAUCUUAUAACUCUAUGCAUCCCCUCUAAACAUAAUCUUAGAUAUAUAGUUUGCUAAUUGAGAGUGAGUUUCGCUUUGGCUUUGAAACUCUCUAAAGUUGGUGCCGAGAGUGGUUUAUUUAGAAUCUGUUAUUUAAGAGGAGUGUAGUUGGGGGACAUUUUUUUUUGUCUGUGUAUAUCACAGAAUGAAGAUCAAGCACAAAGUGCUUGGUUUAUUGUAGAGAAAAAGAUUUGCAACAAAAACACUAAGCUCAAAGUGCUUAGCCUUACUACAGAAGAAUUAAUGAACUAGUUGAUUUUCAAUUACUGCCCGCAUUAUCAUUUUUUUCCAACAUAAUCGUGUCUGGUUCACAAAUUUGUAUAAUUUAAAACUUUAUCCCCAAUGCUCAGUAAAUAAGUUAAAACGUCCAAUUUUCUCUUAAAUUUGUAUAAUUUAAAAGUUUAUAAUCAAAACCCAUUUGUAUAAAAUUUAGUCAAAUCUCUAUAGGUUGAACGCUUUCAAUUAAGGUGUUUUUUUUAAUUUAUUGUGUUUUCUGUCUCUUAUUCAAUUGAUUUGGUCUUCUCUAAGUAAUUUGUUCCUUCAGAAAAGAUUCCAGCUUAUUGUAAGUUUAGCUGUAAAUAAGUUGUCAAGGAAAUAAAGCUUCAGCAAUUUGACAUGCAAUGUUAUUUGUAAA